UCCCACACGGAGCGUGUGCUGCCAGCAUCUCCCUCAGCCUGUGUAUCUCCCCUCAGCCUCCCAGCCUGUAUAUCCCCAGCCUGUGUAUCCCCCCCCUGCCUGCAGCCUGUGUGCCCCCCCCCCCAGCCGUGCCCCCCCUGCCCUGGGCACAGAGUGGAUUGUACUUGGCAAACUUAGAGUUUCUCCAGGCAGCGCAGCCAGCACUCUGCCCUGAGUCCCCCGGCACCGGGGAUGUGACACCGACUUGUGUAGCGGCUGCAGCGUCCCGGAGUCCGGCUUCCCUCCAUCCGCACUGCCGCCCGGAGCCCCCGCCGCCUUCCAUUGUCUGCUAAUUGGCACCUUCUGUCCCCAUCAAUUAGCUGCCAGGCACCUCAUUACAGGUGAUUACCCAUUGAAGUACUGCAUUUCCGCCAUAAGCAAAUCCCAUGAACUCUUCAGUAAGGCACAAGGAUGUGCUGGACCAGAGUUUUGGGGUAUCUGCACCCUGAAGAUGCCUGUGAUUUGUGUGCAUUGUUAGUAGGCAUUCAGUCGCCCAAUCAAAUGCUGAUCCAGGAGGAUACAUUCUAAAGGCAAUGAGUCUCUGACACACACAAUACUGCAGGAUCUGAUGUGACAGAAGUCUGUCUUCAGCAUGUACCGGAGAUACCAGUGGGUUUGCUUGGCCAGCCGAUGGCGGAACAUGCCCAAAUAUGCACUUUUUGUUGCAAUUCUUCUCUUUCACACAAAGGCCGACUCAGAAAGGAAGAAAGACCGGCAGUUUGUCUGGAAAUCAGGACCUUGGGGCCGGUGUAUAGGAGACUGCGGGCCAAGCGCCCAGGAGAGUAGGUCGGUAUGGUGUGUGCAUGAAGAAGGCUGGAUCACUCACAAUUCCAACUGUAAGACAAAAGAUAAACCUGAAAGCCAGAGGAGCUGCUUUAAAACCUGUGACUGGCACAGCGAGCUCUUUCAUUGGGAAGUAACGGAAUGGCAGACGUGUGUUCUUGUGCCCUAUCCCCACCAGGAGAAGGCAAGGCCUUUGGAAUGUGUAACGGCCCAACACGGCCUACAGCACAGAAGGGUGGAUUGUGUCCAAAAGAUAAACAGGUCUGUUGUGCUUGGGGAAAUCUGUGAGCAUUUUACUCCAAGGCCGCCGACGGAACAAGCCUGCCUCGUACCCUGCCCCCAAGACUGCGUGGUGUCGGACUUCUCUCAUUGGUCAACGUGUGGCCACAGCUGUGAGAAACGUCUCCAACACAGAACCCGAGCCGUUAUUUCCCCUCCGCUCUAUGGCGGAUCCGAAUGCCCAAACCUUACCGAAUCCAGAACUUGUGAAUUCCAUAGUUUUUGCUCUUUUGGCAACGAGGAGUAUACGUACAGCCUCAAAGUUGGCCCUUGGAGCGAAUGCCGGUUGCCCCACCUCAAAGAGAUGAAUGUCAGUGGGAGGACCAUGGUGGAUUUCAGCUCUGACUUAGCGGAAACCAACAGGUAUAAAAAGGAAAUGUACAAAGUUCGGCAGCGGCACAGUGCGUGGGAUAUAGAGAUUGGCUACCAGACCCGGCACGUCAGAUGUACACGGAGCGAUGGCAGGAAUGCCCUGUUAAGCAUCUGCACACAGGACAUGCCUUUACAUUUCCAGUCGUGCAUUAUCCCCAAGGACUGUGAGGUGACAGAAUGGGGCCAGUGGGGCCAAUGCUCAAAAACGUGCCGAUCUGGAGACAUGGCACCUGGAUUCAGAAGCCGGAGCAGGGAGGUGAAGCACAUAGCCAUUGGGGGAGGAAGACCAUGCCCUGAGCCUAAAGAAAAAGAAGCAUGCAUCAUGGGAGGAGAACACCUUCCCCUCUGCCCUGGGAUUGCUUGGAAGACCUCAGAGUGGAUGGAAUGUCAACUGUCCUUUGACCAUCAAGAUUCUCAUCCAAGCUCCCCCAAUCCGGCUUGUGGAGGUGGGACCCAAUCCCGCAAGGUGUUCUGCGCCCAGUAUUUCAUAGAAACCGAAACCCUUAAAGAAGUCUACAGACCCGUGGAGGAAAGGUUUUGCUUGGGACCUAUGCCCCCCGUGUCUCAGCUGUGCAACAUUCCAUGUUCCUCUGACUGCCUGCUCACUCCAUGGUCUGCCUGGGGGCCCUGUACCCAUGAAAACUGUCUUGAUCCUCAGGGAAGAAAAGGAUUCAGAUCAAGAAAAAGGAAUAUUAUCGUUGAACCAAUGGGACCCGAGGGAACCUGUUCUCAUCUAGUAGAGUCGAUCCCGUGCGAUGAUCCCACGUGCUACAACUGGGUCAUUUCUGGGGAACCAUAUUGUGUGCCGGAAAAUAAAGAAUGUGGUCAUGGAAAGUACCAGCUGAACACCUCGUGUGAGAACCAGGACGGACAAAUUGUCUCAGAUGACCUUUGUUUGGACAGUCCCCCUGUCCAACUGGUCUGUAAAGUGCCUUGCAGCCAAGAUUGUGUGAUUAGUGAGUGGUCGGACUGGUCACCGUGUUCCCAUUCCUGCUCUUCUAAAAACAGCGAAGGGAAGCAGAGCAGGACCCGCUCUAUUCUGGCGAAUCCCGGGGAAGGUGGAAAAGCAUGUCCCCCCAGCCAGGCAUUAUAUGAAUAUCGCUUGUGUAAUGAGCAUCCCUGCUCAGCAUUUUACUGGGAGAGCACCCCCUGGGGCACCUGUUCUGCAGACCCGUUACUAACAGCAUUAAAUACUUCCGUCAGUUGGAAAGAGGACAACGCGUGUGGCGCGGGGAUACAGUCCCGGAAGGUCUUCUGUGUCAAAAGCUCUGUUGGCCAUGUCACCAGCAAAAGAUGCCCCGAGGCUACAAGACCUGAAACAAUCCGCCCCUGUCUCCUCUCCUGCAAAAGAGACUGUAAGGUCACACUUUUUAGUGAAUGGACCCCUUGCCCGACAUCGUGCCUGCUGGGCAAUGCCACCUCUGUGAAGCAGUCCCGAUACAGAACAGUGAUCCUAGAUGCUGCGUAUGGAGGGCAGGAAUGCCCAGAUACCCUCUACGAGGAGAGAGAGUGUGAAGAUCUCCCCAUAUGCCUAAACUACAGCUGGAAAACAAACCAAUGGAGUCCAUGCGUGCUCGUUCCUGAGUCUGUGAGACAGGGAAUUGUGGGAGGCAGCGAGUCAUGUGGCACAGGUCUACAGUCCACAGAGGUAACGUGCAUCUCCGACGAUGGCCGCCCUGUGGAUAUGACUUCCUGCUUGAAAUGGGCAGGGCUAAUGCCUCCCUUGGUACAAGAGUGUCACCUACCUUGCAAAGAUGACUGCACCUUCACCCCAUGGUCUAAAUUUACUCCUUGUUCCGCUGACUGCACCUCAUCAAGGACAAGGAAGAGAUCGCUCACAGGAAGAAGCAAGAAGCGGGACAAAUGCCAGAACGCUGAGGUUUAUCCACUGACUGAGUCCGAGAUGUGUCCCUGCGUAACUUUCCUGCCUCAUCCAUACGGGAACUGGUCAGACUGCAUUAUACCAAGAGCGGAAAGAGAACAGCCGUUGGGAAUGAGUAAGGCAGGAGAUGGCAGGCAGUGUGGAGACGGCACUCGUUUCAGAGCCAGUGCUUGUUAUGAUUCAGGUGGCAGAAUAGUGGAUCCCUCUCUCUGUGGCAGCUCCGGUUACAUAGAGGAGAGCUGUGUAAUCCCAUGUCCAUUCGAUUGCAAGCUUAGUGACUGGUCGGCCUGGUCUCCUUGUAGCUCCUCGUGUGGAACUGGAGUAAAAAUAAGGUCCAAAUGGUUGAAAGAGAAACCCUACAAUGGGGGGCGCCCUUGCCCCAAACUGGAUAUUAAGAAUCAGGCUCAGGUGUAUGAGGCAGUGCCAUGCUAUAAUGAGUGCAGUGAGUAUUCCUGGGUGGCAGAGCCGUGGUCUGCUUGCAAGCUCAACACCGAGGAGAGACCCGCUGCCUGCGGCCAUGGAAUACAAAUCGGGAAAGUGAGAUGUGUCAAUGUGAGCAGGGACGGGGAAGGUGCUCCUGUGAAUGAUUCCUACUGUCAAGGUUCUCAGUCUGGCCCAACAGUCCAAGAAUGUUCUUUGCCUUGCCCUGGGGAGUGUGUGAUGUCUAACUGGGGACACUGGAGUGACUGCACAAAGUGUGACAUCGGCACGAUGAGGACGAGGAGACGGUUCCCAUUGCGGAUCCCUGUUAAUGGCCAUGAGUGCCCAGAAGGGACCCAAACAGAACCUUGUAGGCUCAACAGCAACUGUUUCCACUAUCACUAUAAUAUAACAGAGUGGAGCACGUGCCAGCUAAGUGGAGAUGCAGAGUGCGGCGAAGGUCUGAAAACACGCCUGUUAGAUUGUAUCCGCAGCGAUGGGCAAUCAGUGCAAACUUCCCUGUGUGAACAGAUGAAUAGGGAGAAGCCCUUCCCCAUGAGUAUCCGCUGCCUGGUGGAAUGUGCCAUCGCCUGCCAGCUCUCUGAAUGGUCAGACUGGUCCCAGUGCUCACAAACCUGCGGCGUUGGCGGGCAAAUGGUUCGCUCCAGGCGCCUCCUCCUACAGGCACAAGGGGAAGGAAGGCCGUGCCCAAAGCAGCUCAGUCAGUACAAGUCCUGCCCCAUUUAUCCAUGUUACGAGUGGAGCUUUGAUGAAUGGUCCAAAUGCAAGAUAGAGAGUGGUCAGUGCGGGGAAGGAAUGAAGUUCCGCAAUGUCAGCUGUAUAGUCCAUAAUGCAUCAGAGUCCGGUGCCAGGAAGCGAGUGAAUGCCCAGCUCUGCGGUAGCGUGUCGUCCGGAGAGAAUCAAAUGGCAGCUCCCUGUUAUGUGCCUUGUCCAGGUGACUGUCACCUGACAGAGUGGUCACAAUGGAGUGCCUGUGAGCUCACUUGCAUCGAUGGGCGGGGCUUUGAAUCGGUUGGGCGCCAAUCAAGGUCUAGGACAUUCAUUAUCCAGUCUCUGGAAAACCAAGAAAGCUGCCCAGAACAGGUCAUAGAGACGCGCCCGUGCACAGGUGGGAAAUGCUACACAUACGUAUGGAAAACCAGCGGCUGGAGGGACAACAGGAGAAGCGUUUGGUGUCAGCGGUCGGACGGCCUGAACGUUACAGGGGGCUGUUCUAUAGCGUUGCAGCCUGCAGCCGUCCGACACUGCGACCCACCGUGCAGAAAACCCUUCUCCGUAUGUAAGCAGAACGGGCUGUGCGGCUGCGAGCAGGGAUACAUGGAGAUAACGAGAUCCAACGGCCUCCUCGACUACUGCCUGAAAGUGCCCGGCAUGGAGGGCAAGAAAGCCGACGUCAAGUCCUUUGUGGCGAAAAACAAACCGCUCAACUCCAAAAUCCAGGAGAUGUUUAGUGGCUGGGCCAUCGAGCCCUUCGAUCCAGAUGGGAGAGUGAGGCUGUGGGUAUACGGCGUAUCGGCUGGCAGCUUCCUACUCAUCGUGUUCAUCAUCCUCAUUUCCUAUUUAAUUUGUAAAAAGCCAAAGGAACAGAUAAGUCUCUUCCCUCAGCAGAAGCCCUUAUCCUUCACGUACGACGGAGAUUAUGACAUGUAGCUCUUCGAAGGGGAGAAAUAAAAUGCAGAUAUCGACUGCCUUAACUGCCUCUCAUUUGUAACAAUGACAGAGCAAAACUGAUGUUCCUUUGUUCCUUGGAUACAAGAACAUGGUGGAACGACCUAAAGAUACAUCAUCGAAAUUUUGCCUUCAAGAAAGUCAUCGGACUUUGUUCUUUGGAUUUUCUUUCUUCAUGUUUUUUUUUUUUGGUUUCCUUAUUUUUUUUUUAUUUGUCCUAUGACUCAACCUUAUAACAAAAUGGAAGAACAUUCUCAGAGUAUCACGUGCAGGAUUCUGCUACAUAAAGACAUUAUGCAAUUGGUCAUAAAUGCAUUAUUUUUGUACUUCUUCAGCACACAUUUCAUAGGUCAGAGCACGACAGGGUGUGCCCGGCACGUAUCUGGAUUCUUAGCGAUGGAUUGUGCUGUUCCUUUUAUUAUCACGAGACAACGGUUUGAAAAAUGUGUCUGGAUUUCAAUUUGCUUUGAUAUGAAUAUCGGGAAUAAACUGCUUCAAACAACUCCGUGUAAAUAGACGUGGGACUUUUCAGGUCUUGGCUUCAGAUAAUGGUUUUUGUACAUGGAAUUUACUUGUUAUAUUUCUAAACCUAGGCCUUUUUUUAUUCAGUUUCCCGAUAUACUACCAAUUCAGGAUUGCAGGAUUGGGCAUUGUCCAUAUGAUGGCUCUUCCAGUCAUGGAACAAAUUACACCCUCAUGAAUACUGAAUGUAUUUUUUAUUUUUUAAGAAACUUGGAUCUUCUUCACUCUUUCCACCAGAGGUUACCUUCUCCGAGAGGUUUGAUUGGCCCAGUCACAUUCACCUGCACAAUGCUUUCCUUAAAAGUUACUCAAAGAAUAUUCACCAAUUACUUCAAGCAACAUCACCCAACUGUUGACGUCAAAACCCCUACAUUUUCACUAGCUACACUCUUCUCGUGUUGAGGCCAUUUCCAUUCAGAGAAUGCUUUAGGCUAUUGGACAUUUCAGAUCUUAAUGUUGCACAGAACUCCCAAGGAAGGUGAUCUUGGAUCUUCCAAACUCAGUCCACCAGAAGUCAUGUUCUCCCAGUGGUUUGUUUGUCCCUGACACAUUCACCUAAACAUUCUACCCAAUGUUUCCCUCAGAAGUCACCUCCACAAGCGUUGCACUUCAUCUACAGAAUCUUCAACAUGUGGCUUUACUUCAAGCAACACCACCUAACUGUUAAAGUCAAGACUCCUACAUUUUCACUAGCUCGUGUUGAGCCCAUUUCCAUUCAAAUAAUGAAUGGACAUUUGGUGAUCUUGGAUCUUCCAAACUCAGUCCACCAGAAGUCAUGUUCUCCCAGUGGUUUGUUUGUCCCAGACACAUUCACCUAAACAUUCCAAGGAAGGUGAUCUUGGAUCUUCCAAACUCAGUCCACCAGAAGUCAUGUUCUCCCAGUAGUUUGUUUGUCCCAGACACAUUCACCUAAACAUUCUACACAAUGUUUCCCUCAGAAGUCACCUCCACAAACUUUGCUCUUCAUCUACAGAAUCUUCAACAUAUGGCUUUACUUCAAGCAACACAACCUAACUGUUAAAGUCAAGACCCCUACAUUUCAGAUCUUAAUGUUGCAAAGAACUCCCAAGGAAGGUGAUCUUGGAUCUUCUAAACCCAGUCCACCAGAAGUCAUGUUCUCCCAUUGGUUGGUUUGUUUGUCCCAGACACAAUCACCCAAUGUUUCCCCUCAUAAGUCACCUCAGCAGCCCCCCAGACCCUUAACAGGGCCAGGGGAGAAAUCCACCACUCAGGAGCUCCUACACCGCACGUCUGCUCACUAGGGGGAUCAGAUAGGAUAUUGGAUCUUCUAAACUCAGUCCACCUGAAGUCAUGUUCUCCCAGUGGUUUGUUUGUCUCAGACACAUUCACCCAAUGUUUCCUUCAGAAGUCACCUCCACAAGCUUUGCUCUCCAUCUACAGAAUCUUCAACAUUUGGCUUUACUUCAAGAAACACCAACCCCACCCAACGUCAAGAGUUACUUCAUGUUGAGCCCAUCUACCUUAAAUGAAUGCUUUAUGGUUUGUGGGGUUCCAGAACUCAAUGUUGCACAUAUGUUCCAAGCACAGUAGGCCUUGCCACGUAGGGCUUACAGUUGAUGGGGUAAAUAUUUAGUGCCACAAUGAAUGGCAAGAAGCAACCUUAGACUCCAUAGAGAAGCAGAUGAUGUAGUGCUUCUUUAAAAAGUGGAAUGUAAUUCAUGUUUUAUAUGGGACUAGAUCAAAGACAUUUUGUAUGCAUUUGUUUUGGAGGAAGGUUUUUGUUUCUCUAAAUCUCAUCUGUCGACGCCCCUCAAGGGCAAGUGCCGUAUCUUUCCUUUCCGAAACAGGCCUUGUUGUGAGGAGAUCCAGUGAUUUAGUUCAGAAGCACCCAAUGGCCGGAGGUUGUCCUUUGAGAAACUUGGACGAUGCAAGAUAUCUGAGAAACUUCUGUUUGCCUGAACUGUACACUUCUAACCAUAAAAUGUGUUUUUUUUUAAAGAAUAGA